UCCAAACAUGGCGGAUCGACCAGAAAGUAGGAGAUUAUUGUCCGUUCCCCUGCGUACGUAAAUAGCCCCCAAAACAGGCCAGCCAACCAGGAGAUCGCUACCAAAGGUUACAAUAAGUGACAGUUUAUCAUUCUUUAUUGUUCGAUCGGUUGUUGAUCGUAGGAAUGACGAUGGAAAACAUGGGUGAGCUCCCGUGUUCGGAUCAACAAAUCAGCGAGUCGCCAACUGUCAGCACGAGCGCGCCUCCCGCGGCUAACAGUGAGAACCAAGGAGAUUUUACCGAGAGCGAAGCGAACGAGUACGUGAACAGUCCGGAGUUGUCGGUGUCUCCAGCCUCCAUCACCCGAGCCGAGGCCAUCCCGGUCAGUGUCAGCAGCAUGAUAGACAGUAGCGAAUUCCGCUCCCAAAUGGGAGACGUAACCUACCACACGCUUAACGGCCGCAUGUCGCCCAACUACAGUCCAACAAACUAUGCCACACUGACGCCAUUGCAGCCGCUGCCUCCCAUCUCGACGGUGUCGGACAAGUUCUGCCACGUUCCCGUCGCCAGCAACGUCGGUGGUGGCUUUACGCUGAUGCCUCAGAACAAUGGACUUGGCAACGUUAUGGAUAUGAGUGCCUACACCAGAUACGACAAGCUGAGCAUGAACAUGGGACCCACCCUGGGAGCUACCCCCAUGACGAUGAUGAGCACGAAUAACUACCAACAGAGUUUAGGAUACGGGUAUGGACAAAAUGGCCUAGGCUCGCCUAAACAAGAGCCGAAGAUGCACAUGUCGCCUAAUGCGUUCGAAUCUUACUCCGCAGCACCCGUCAGGAUAGAUCCUUCUGUCACAAGAUUACAUUCCCCGAACACCAUGAUGCACUCGCCGAUGAACGGGUUGCAUCCGUCGGCCGCCCCUACCCCGUCGCCACAGAGCGUCGAGAGUCCACAGCGGAUGGACCACAGAGCACCGGGCAGUGAAUCGCCAAACAAGCAACAAGAAGUGGAGGAAAUUAACACAAAGGAGUUGGCACAGAGAAUAAGCAGCGAACUUAAACGAUACAGUAUCCCGCAGGCAGUUUUCGCACAACGGGUGCUGUGCCGUAGUCAGGGCACCCUGAGUGACCUGCUGCGCAAUCCAAAACCAUGGAGCAAACUAAAGUCAGGAAGAGAAACAUUCCGUCGUAUGUGGAAGUGGUUGCAGGAACCCGAAUUUCAAAGAAUGUCGGCGCUGCGGUUAGCAGUACAGCUGAGUGGAGCCAGCAAGCAGCACCUGGGAGGAGAGGAUCAUGGGAUAGACGGUCUGGGAGGCUCCGCCCCACAGGCGUAUCCGUCGUACCCCAGCACCCCUACCCCGACACGGUUCCAGCAAGGUGAGUGGAUACAGGAACAAGAAGGAGGUUUAGACCAUCAGGGUCUACAUAUUAAAGGUGUUUCUGAUCAUCCUAAUAUUUUGGGGAGCUUCAGUGAGAGUUCCAUUGUAACGCGAGCCCUUGAUGUUGAGAAGAUGACUUUAAACGAGUCCAGUUUGGCCUAUGUUUGUAAAAGAAAAGAACCAGAGGCGGAGAAACAACAUGAGGAAUCCCGUGCCCCGAAGAAACCGCGUCUUGUGUUCACAGACAUCCAGCGGCGCACCCUGCAUGCAAUAUUCAAAGAAACAAAACGUCCGUCGAAGGAGAUGCAAGCCACAAUAGCGCAGCAGCUAGGACUUGAGGUGAGCACGGUGGCCAACUUCUUCAUGAAUGCCCGUCGCAGGUCCUUAGACAAGUGGCAGGAUGACAACGGAAAUAAUAACCGGGAAAGUGCAAGCUCGUGUACGAAAAGUUAACCUCAUUUCCAUUUACCAGGAUCUCCUCCACCUCCCAUCUUCUUUUUUAACAGACUCUUGACAAAGAAGAGUUACCCACAGAGAACAAUGAGAGUUCUGUGCCCCUCGUUGAUCAUGUUUCAUCCUCACCAAUGCAAUCCGAGACGAAGCAUUUUUGUUAUGUUCAUAUCUGUAUUCUUUUUUUUUCUUCUCAAUUUUAGUUUUUUUUUGUUGUGUUUUUUCUGCAUUCCAUACUUUUGUUUGUUGAUUUUGUUUAAAUUUUAUUUUAAUUUAUUCUUCCUGUGUGAGAACGGGUAUGUUUCGUGUAUAACUGGGCUCAAACUCUAACGUGUCAUCUGUUUUUUACUCUUUAUGUCGCCUGAACAGAGUAUUAUAAUUAACGAAUCUUAGAUUCCGUGUAUUAAUUUUACAGUUCUUUUGAAGUUUGAGAAACUAGCCCACUGUUUAAGUUAUAUUCACUCAGUUGCCAUAGAAAAUCCAGGUUGUGCUUAUUUUUGUUUUGUUUUUAAGCUUUUGCUAUUUGUUCUUUGAUCAUUGUUUCAGUGUUGCUAUUAAAUUUAGUUGUAACAUUUUUUUUACAUAACCUUUACCACACAUAUAUCCCCCCUCCCCCUCCACAUAUCAUCCAUUCAUCCAUUUAUUUAUAAAAAUCAGUUUGUUGCAUUUACCAUUAUGAAUCGAUUCUCCUAGUCAUUCCAUACGUCAUUUCAUAUGUUUUUUGUUGUGCCAGAGGAUUCAUGUUUAUGUGAGACGUAUUAAUCAUGUACUUUUGUGAAAUGCAACGGAAGUACAGGACUUGAUAUAACGUGCAAUAUUUUCCACAUUUAUAGCGUAGAUGUUGUCAUACAUUAAUUGUUUUUAUUAAAUUAUUAUUUUUGUGGUUAAUUUUGUUGAUUAUUGAAAAAUUUGUGUUCCAGUUUGCAGUAUUUAGGACCUGCUCAGUGAAUUCUUGUUAAUAGUUUACAAUUGUUUUUCAUCCACAGUUGAUAUAUCUUUGAUUGUGUAUGUUUAAAUACAGCAGCCAUUCCAUUCCAUUAGAUUUGUUUCUAUAGAAACGGAUUUCUUAUUUUACCUCUAUACAGUUUAAAUUCACCUGCCUUCAGUUCUAAGGUAACCAUGACCUAAUUACUGUAGUAUUGAAGGUUUAUAUAAACAUAUUUUUUUCUAAAAGCAGAUUAUUUUUCAUCUAAAUAAAAUGUAUUUUCCUGAAUUACAUUUUUAGAUUAAUAAAGAAGGUAUAACUAUAAAAAGUGUAAUGGAACAGGGGAGUUAAUAUAUCUGUAAUUUGGCAGACUAAAGCUUUAUUUUUAGUAUUCAUUAUUGAGUUUCAAUAUUUAAAACAACCACCUAUAGUUUGAAGAUAGUGGUACUGAAGAUUAACACUUAAAAUAUAUAUACAAAUGAUUCCCUAGAAACAAAUUUGUCUUUAUAAAGGAACCACAGUAUACAUGUAAAAUGUGUAUUAUUUAAAGGGAAAUCCACCACUAUAGCCUUCUGUGUUCCUGUUUAAGUGAAACUGUUUUAGGUGUUGAACAUGAGUUAGUCUAGAACAAGACAUUGUCAUGCAUUAUUGACAGCUUCCACACAUUGGCUGUGUUCUAUGCUCUGUCAGUAUCCACUAAAUAAUGGGAGAUAACUGGGUAAUAUCAUCCUCUUAUACAAACAGUGAGGUUUUAAACAGCAUCACAGGACCAAGCUCAUGCAGAAUGCAGCUGUUUAUAGCUUGUAUGUUGUCAACUGGUUCUUUUUGCUUUAUUUUCACUACACAUGUACAGCAGGUACCGGUCAUACUAAUGUGCAGAAGGAAAAAAAAAAUCACUUUUGUGAGCAAUUUUAGUAAAAACAAGUAAAAGCACUAUUUUCCAAAUAAUUGAGUUACUUAAAAUACCAUGUGUUAUUUUGUGCUAUUGAACUUGUAAAUUUUAAGAUCCGGUUAGGGUGGGGGUAGUUGUGGGUGUUGCGAGGGUAAAUUCUGUGGAGUUGUAGUCAAAUGUGGAUCAAUCACAUCUAAUUUUAGUACUGAGUCUCUACCUUCCAUAACAGGAUGGGAGUGGGUCUGUAUUCUGUUCCUUAGUAACUCGAAAUUUAAAUACAUUCAGGUACAUUUUAGAAACCAUUUAGACUUCUUCUUUUUUUGAAAUAUGGAAGGCUGACUUUAGACUGCUCUGUGUUUAUAUUGGUGGUUAUCUUUAGUAAACUGUUCAGCAAUAAUCACUCUGAAAGGCAGGGGAAAAGUAUCAAUAUUUUAUACGUUUUAUUGUUGUGUCUCAUCGCCCAUUCAUGCAUAUUGCAUUCACUGCAUACAAGGGCCGCCUCACUGAAGCAUACAUGGUGGUAUUAAAACAGAAGAUCUCCCACACUAAAACGAGAUCAGGCUUUUGUGUACUGGACCGAUGCUACUCAUUAAUAAUGGCUUCCUUAAUGUAGUAAUGAGCACUCGGGUUAAACUGGAUUUUGUUGUAAUAUUUAGAAAGAUGUACAGGUUAACACCAGUGUCGGGUCAUGGGUGAGUGACAGCACUGCUUUUGUGUAAGGGGAUCACUUGAACAGAUAGCUGAAGACUUGACGGGCCAUCAAUUGUCAAAUGGUAAAUAAUUUAUUGUAAACGUUAGUAUUCAUAUUUAAGAAAGAUUUGAAACAAUGCUGGGAAAACAGACAGAGGGUUGUCAUGGGUGGGUAUGUACUAUAUGUUCAAGUGAGCUGAAGUGGAGAAAGAAAAACCCAUUCUGUAGUUAAAAGCAUUACUUUUUAUAAGUGGAUUAAGUUUUUGCUGAAAAGGAAAUCACUUUGUGAAAAUUACAAUAAAAUUCACAAAUGAAAUACUGAAAUUUACAUAAUUUUUUUUAAUUUGUACAAAUGAAAUGCUGAAAUCUACUUCAAAACCAUUAAUUAAUUUGUAUUUUAUGAAAUAAUUGUCCAUUUUCAUAUCAAAACUCAGUUAUUCUGUUAUCAAGCCUACAUUUAAAGAAACUCUCGUAGAAAGUAUUCUUUUCAAACUAAUAAAAUCCAUUUAUUAUUUUUUGAAUAACCAUAUUUUUCUCAUAUUGCAGACCAAUUUUCAAAAAGCAAACACUUAAUUUGCAUUAAAACAACAGAAGUUAAGCUUGCUUUGGUGGUCUGGAUGCAGUGAAUGUAACAUGCAUGCUGUUUUUAUUCCAAAGUAUUUUUUACAGACUAUCAUUCGUACAGACAGUUUCAUUCCAGAACAAAUCCUCUUUCAAGUAUAUAUUCAAUACAGAUAGAUUUUAUGUUACAGAUUGUGUUUUUGUUUUUUAAUCCAACAUUAUCAACAAUUCAAAGAUGGCCACUUAACAGACCAAUUCAACCAAGAAGUUAAAUUUCAAAAUAAAUGCUUUGUUAAAAUAUCUCAGGUUGGGUGAAUUAAAUCUUUUGUUUCAAGUUCAAAGGUUGGAAGUGCAAUAUCUUGAAAACCAAAAUGAGUAUAAUAAUCAAAUGUUACAUAAUAUUACUUCAAUAAGAUGAACUAAUACUGUGUAAAAUUCUGUGGCUAUACAUUUUGUUUUGGUAAUUUAGAUAUUGCACUUGAGAUUCCUGAAUAUUUCCCAUUGCUGCAUCUACCAAUAACUUAAUGGAUGCAACCACUUUGAUUCAUCAACUUCUUUUGAAGGAUAAUCAAGUCUGAUUAUAAUUUCACUUACUAGUAACAUACUUCGUUAAAAAUUGAGAAGUAAAAAGUUAACAGGAAAAUAUAUUUAAAAUUUGUAUUGUUACAGUUUGUAUAGUCAGGCCUUUAGAUUGCACCAAAGUCGAGGUGAUAAAUGUUGUACUCAAAACAUGUAUGCCCAAAAUAGUCAUGUUCAAAUUGAAUACACACAUGCUGACCUCAAAACAUUUCAUCUCAAAAUCAUUGAAUGUUAAACUUUAAUUACAUUACAAUAACUGCAUUUCUGAAUAUCAAAAACUCUUCAACAGCUGUUAAUACCAUUACUGCUCUAAAAACCCUCUUAAUUCUCAGAACAGACACGGGGGCGGAUUAUACUUUAGGUAGGGAUGGGGGGGGGGGGGGGAGUUUUUUUAGCCAGGGAGGUUUCUGUGCAACUGAGGAACCUCCCAUAAUCCGCCCCUGAGACAAAAAACCUGUUGUGAGAUCUAAAGCCCUGACAGUUUUGACAAAUUUUGAAUUUUUAAUUACAAAUAUAUUAUUUGUGUACUAACAUUUUUUAAUUUAAAGGUUUGUUUAGUGGCAUCAGAAGUAAGAAACCAACGCUGAAUUUGCUUUAGCAAAAGUUAUAUUUGUUUUUGCUCAAAAAACAAAUUGUUGAUAAUGUUAUAACAUUCCUUAUGUUUACUUGAAAAAGUACAUGUCAUUGUUUUCUCAGCUUUAGAAACUCCAGAUCUGACCAAUGUGUAUAUAUUGACAUAUACAAAGAGAUCUGUUUGCUCAUAUUAUUUAUAUUUUUAUUAUAUUUUAAGUUUGAGACCAUUUACUGAAAAAAAAUACAAUCAUUCCUGAACAAUUGUGGUGCAAGCAACCAAAAGGCGGCUUAAUUUAUAGGGUUUUAUUGUUGUUUGUUUAUUAUUUAUUUAUUUAUUUAUUUAUUUAUUGAUCAUGACAUGUUCGUUGACUGUGCUCGCAGUCAGUGAGGGCAGACUGAUAGAUGCCCACCAGCCCAUGCAAUAAAUAUACAUAUUCAUCGACAGAUCUGACAUUUUGUCAGGUUUUUUAAAACAAUGUUUGGCCAAGCCUAGGACUUCAUGAACACGUCAUUUCUAUUAAAAAUUGUUAUUCAUUUUUUUUGUGUGGGAAACUCUGAAUGUUUUAAAACAUUUUGGUGACCUACACCUUGCAUAACAUGUUCUAUACCAUACCAACAGUAUAUUUUAUAAAAUACAACAAAACAAAAACAAAUCUAAUUAUUGUUAUCCUAAAGCAGGUCGUUUUAUCUUUAUUUCAUACAAAAUUGAUUUCUUUUAAAACAAUGUAUUUAUAUUUUAAAGAUGGUUUUAGAUAUCUUUUAUAUUGAAUUUACAAAAAGCACAAGAUAUUAUUCUACCAUUUAAAAAAUAGUCUGAUACAGCAAUAUAAUGAAUUUCUCUUGUUCCAAUUUUAAUUUAAUCAUUGGAAGAAGACAAUUUUUAUUUAUUAAUUUGUUCUUCUUGAAAGACGAGUCAUAUCUGUAUAAGUAUUUUUGUGAAUUUAUCAUGAUGAUAAGUUGUUAGGAAAACAUGACUAUUUCAUGCAGUCCUGGACAAGGCCAGUGUAUAUAGCAGGACUAGUCUCAUACUACUAUCUAAAUGUAAUGUCUGGUUGUCUUAAAAUGCAUUUAUAUACAUGUUCUGUUUUUGUGUGUAGUUGAACAAGAUAAAACCACAUUCCUUAGUCAUUCAUUCAUAAUCACUGUGGUCAGUUUGUAAUAAACAAUGUGUUUGCUUUUCCAUGAAGUGCUUUCACAUUUGUGAAACAAAUUUGUACAUUUUGUUAGAAUAAACUUCCUUUUUUUUUUGUCAUGGAAAGCGAAGACUUUUUACAUUGUUUAAAUAACAAGGACUUGUCAAGUCAUUCUUGACACAUACAUAUUCAAUUUCUCUCACUUGAUCCGUGUAAAUUAUAUUGUUGCCAGUGUGUAGAUUGUUGUGUGUGUGCAAAUAUAGCCAACCUGACCAUGGAUGUUUUCUAAUGUGUUGUCAUGGCAACGUGUUAGCCUGUGAAGGAUUCUAGAGGCAAUAUUAUUCGAGAAGAGUUCCAAACGACACUGAACUGGGUUUUUUUUAUCAGAGACGUGUUCUUUGUGACAAGAUGCAAGUUGAGCUGGCUGUGCAACUUACAGUUCAUCAAGUUACAUUCUUACCUAAAAACACAGAUGAAAGACAGUGACCAAUUUUUACAGCAGCGUUUCUUGCAAGGCAGCUUGGGACAAGUUUUACCAGCUGUUUGUAUGUAUGCACCAUGAAGCCAGGAAAUACAUUGUGGGCUUGGAGUUGUCUGCCCUUUUAUGUGAACUCUUCAGUGAAUGCAUAUUCUAGUCGGAACUGCUACUACUACUACUGUUACUACGUGCAUGGUUUGGUAGGGAUCUAGAAGACAUAUCAUAUUUUGUACUGGAGCGAUGUCCCCCUAAUUGCUAUUUAGUUUGCAGGAUUCGUUGGUGUCAUUUUUGAUUAAUAUGUGUUCAAUAUUAAUUAGCAUAUCAUUCCAGACUUCAUUAAUGCUUUCUUGUUAACAAGGAACGAUGAUCUGUUUUGUUUUUGUGUGAAAAAAAAAUGUUGACAUGUUUCUUUCAACUGUUUUUAUUUUCCGAAGGUUUGCUACGCAGUGUUGUCUCAUUAUGUUCUUACACAGGUUAUACAUUUUUUUUUUCGUUAAUGUUUUUUUUAGAAAUAACAAUUUUCUGUCAAUUGUUUGUUUGCACUGUGGGUGUGCAGACUGAGUGAGAAUGACUAGUGCUUAAUUUAUUACACAACUUAACAUAUGUUCAUUAAAUGGGAAAAAACACAACUUUUUCUUGAUAUUAGUGAACUUAAAAAACCUGUAUUACCAAGUUAUUACACACAAAUACAAACUGUGAUACCAGUAUGUUUAUUAAUUAAUAACAAUUUUUUAUUUUAUUUUUGCUUUUUAACAUCAGUCAAAUGCAAAUCAUCUGUUUUAUCAAGUUAUUAUAGCCUACCAAUAGCCUUUUUCUUAGAUUAGGAGAAAUGUUAAUUUUAAUAUAACCAUGGAACUGCACUUUCAGCUGAUUAGGAUUAUUUAAGCAUCCAAAAGACUAUUUGACAAAUUGGUUGGGGGGAGGGGGGAGUAUAACCUGAACACGCCCGCUUAUCCUCCCUCAGUUGGGGUCAACCACUCAGGAUCUUUGUAAAACUUGGUGUAUUUUGCCUUACACCUUCCCAUUGAGACUAGCUAUGCACUAAGUCUGAAUAAAAAUAGUUUGAGGUUAAGUAAUAGAAAUAAAAGAGACCAUAAGUGCCCCAACUAGGUGCUUAUUGGCUUUAAAUACACUGCAUUUCAUGUACCUUGACAAGUUUUGAACAGGAGUUCUCUUUCGAUAAUCUGUCUUUAAAAAAAAAAAAAAUAUCCAUUAAUUUCCAACAUUUUAGGGUAUGUAAUUUUACCCUCUGUACCCUCUAGCAGAAACUCUGGUUCAACCCAGUACAUACCAGCAAUUUACUGUGAUGGCUUAACCACUUCACCAAGGCUGGUUUCAUGAACUUGAUUAUUCUGCUUAGUACCCUCUAAAAACAAAGGAAAAUACAAGUUAUGCUUAAUUUUGAGUAGUGAGGAUAUUCUUUCUUGAAGACAAAUGUAUAAUAUUCUAUUUGGACAGCCACAACAAGAUUUAAUUUUCUACAAAUAUCUUCGAAGAAAUCAAUUGCAAUAUAUAACAGGUUACAAGAAGACUUAAAAAAAGCCAGCUUCCUAAUAAUUUUAAACAUUUCAGAAUGUCUGAGCUCUCUUCUACAAAAGGAAUAAUUUAAGAGAAAGGGAACAAUGGGUGUGUGAAGAGAUCGCCCAGUAGUGCUUUAUAUGCUCUUUUGUAUGUGUUUUAGUAGUAACAGUCAACAUUACAAUGUUAUACUGACACACCUUUCAUAGCCAAAUAUUUACCAGUCAGUCAUCUUCUUUCAUACCAUAGCAGAUCUUUCUAAACUAUGGGACUAGAUUAAAGUUUUCAGUUGCAAUGCAUUUCUCUUGCACAUCACAUGCAGAAAACUAUCUGAUGUGUUUACAUCACUUCAGGAUUUUAAAAUGUUAUUUCUGGAGCAUUUGGUCAGAGGUUAAGACACUGGCCUGGGUGGUGUCGUGGUUAAGCCAUCAAACAUACGUCUGGUAGGUACUGGGUUUGCAUCCCGAUAUCGGCUCCCAACUCAGUGGGUAGGUGUAAGACAACUACAUCAGCUUCUCUCUUACUAACCACUAACUCAUUGUCCUGGAUAGACGGCACAGAUAGCUGAGCUGUGUGCCCAGGACAGCGUGCUUGAACCUCAUUUGGAUAUAAACACGAAAAUAAGUUGAAAUGAAUGAAUGAAUUAAAGAGGUUAAGAAUGUCUGUAGUUUCAUCUUUUACAUUCAUCCCAUUACAUUAUUUCUAGUUUCAGCCAGUGUUCCACAACUGAUAUAUCAGAGGCUGUGUGCUGUUCUUUAGUAAAGUGUAAUACAAUACCCAUUGCAUCUAAAUAUAAGGAAUAACCUAUGUGAGGCACUAUAAACCAUGUCAAAAAUGCCAUACUAAUAUAUCAUUAUCAUAGUUUUGCCUUUAUGAAGUAAAAAAAGGUGAAAUGUAAAGUAUUACUUUUCCGAUGGCAGUGGCAACAGCUUCAGCUGCCAGUUAAAGUGUUUUGCUUAGUUCCAUUUGUUAGAACAUGGUUUAUAGUUGCACACAUGGAAUUGUAUUGCAAUGUAUGUGAGAAAACAUUAAUUUAAAUGUUUUUAAUUGAAUUUUUAAAAAGUUCAUUAAUUUGUUUCUAACAUGCAUUGAGAUAACAUCUUUGGAUGCAACUGCCAGCAACAUUGAAUAUGCUUAAUUGUAGGUAAAACAUUUAAUUUGUCAUAGCAUUGUUUCAAAAUAUUACUUACUGGUAGAUACUUGACUAUAAAAGGUAUGAUAAGUAAUACUCAUAUCAUUUGUAUUUAACACUAGUAUACUGACUAAAAAUAUAAUGACAGUAAAAAGAUAAUGACCAUGCAUUGAUUACUUAUCUCAAAUGACUAUAGUAUUUAUAAAUUGACAGUUUAAUUAUAAUGAUAGUGUAUUGCUUACUUAUCUCAAAUGACUAUACUAUUUAUAAAUUGACUAUAAAAAUAUGACUUGAUUAUUUCUUUCAAAUGAAUAUAGUAUUUAUAAAUUGACAGUAAAAUAUGACAGUGCAUUGAUUACUUCUCUCAAAUGACUAUAGUAUUUAUAAAUUGACUACAAAUAUGAUGGUGCAUUGAUUACCUGUUUCAAAUGACUAUACUAUUUAUUAACUGACUGUAAAAAUAUAAUAACAGUACAGAAUGUAUUUUUCUCAAAUGAUUGUAGUAUUUAUAAAUUUCCUGUAUUAUAUUCAUAUGAAAUUUAAAUUAAUGGAAAUAAAAUGGCAUAUUAUUGUCAUGUGAAGUGAGAGAUUUUUAUAUUGAUUCUGUCAUCAACUCGUGGCUUUGUGAAUGAUCCUGAGGCAAUGUUAAAACAUCCUUUGUUCUGCCUCAUGCAGAUUUUGAAUACAUUGAAGGUUAUGUCGUAAAUAUUUCGCAGAUAUACAGUUUGUCAGUUUAACUUAAUUAUUAAUGAAAUUUUGUUUAAAAUGAGUUGAUUCUAAAGGUUGUUCAAAACUGAUUCGUUUGGAUGUCUGUGUACUUGUCAAUGUUUUAAAGUCUGUUUAAUACUGAACAGAUGUUACAUGUUAUUUAAUAAAACAAACAUAUAUACACAUACAUGCAUCCCUCCCACGUAUAUGAAUACACACACAAACACAGGUAUGCAUACACACAACUGAUAAAUGUAAUUUGCUAGUCAAAUUGGCCAAUAUUAACUAUAUUAGGAUCGUGCAAUACUUAUUCAUAUGAGUUCAUGCUUUGUAUUUAAGUGAACGAAUGUGAACAUUUCGUGGUGCAAUGUUGGACCCAAUUAACCAAAACCACUUGUUGCACUGUUCCGUUUCUGUAGUAGUGUAUGCAAUAUUUAUUUUAGAGCUUGUUUUGCUUCCCUUAAUCUUCAAUGUGUUUUCAAUUUACAUAUUAACAAGGAAAUCUCUUCAGUGAUUGGUUAUAAUGCAAAAUCAGAUCGUGUUUGAUUGGUUUGCAUACAAAGUAGAUUAGCACUGUGGGUUGUACAGUCAGCAGAGAUUGGUUGGCGUACAUGCAAUCUUAGCAGUGAUUGGUUGGUAUUUUAUACAGUACUGUUGACUUCUGUUCCUAUUCUUUGGUGCAUUCCAUCAGUCUUUUAGGAUGUCUAGACAAAGUCCAUUUAUGUUUAUUUGUAAAUUACUGUUUGGUGCUCUUACACAUAUUUUAUAAUCGUAUGCACAUUUGUAAAAAAACACAAAAAAAACAAUAAAAGCAGCAACUGUUUUUAAUCAUUAGUAUUUAUCAAAAAUCAAACAAGAUUACUUUUUCAGGUCAAACUAGAAUUUAUAUUUAGUAGGUUAUUGCAACUGAAAUUAAGUUAAAUAUUUUCCCUUUUAUGAUUGUCUUCAUUAUUUGAAGCGUAUUCGGUACUAAUAUAUUAAUUUGAUUUAAUAACUCCAAAUUUAUAUUCAUAUGUGAACAAACUUAUAACGUUCUUUAUUUUUGCUAUAGGUAAAACAUCUCGAAUGAUUUCCAAUAGAUAACAUUCUCUUAAGUACAAGACACAUUAUUGUUUUGAUUGACACAGACUUGAGUCUAGACGUUUUUUUGUUGUAUUUUCCUGUGUAAGUGUAUUGGAAGGUCUGAUGGAAUAGCAUGAUAGAGUGUUGUUUCUGUGUAGUUACUGAUACGAGAGUCAAACCUCCACUGAUAUGCAACAACUAGAAACUGUCUGUAUUAUAAUAACUAAAUAAUAAAAUAGGCACCAAGCUCA